CACAUCUACGCCCAUCUUCGAGCCUUUAUCUGCAGGGAUUGGCGCCUCCAUUGACCAGUUGCCGUGCUCCUGAUCUUACAAAGGUGUAAGCUUUGUGGUGCAGACCGUAUUGUGACGACUUGCGGAUACCCUCCUCUCCUAACCUAACGUGCUCGUCUUCUGAUCUUGCGCCCAUCCACCCUUGAUCCAUCUAUACCUCCGAUACACAUUUCAAGAUGGCACAAAUCCCGCGCAACUUCCGCCUGCUCGAGGAGCUCGAGAAGGGUGAGAAGGGUAUCGGCGAUGGCUCCUGCUCGUACGGCCUCGAGGACGGCGAUGACAUGAUGAUGAGCAAGUGGAACGGCACGAUCAUCGGGCCAGGACAUACCGUCCACGAGAACCGCAUCUACUCCCUGAAGAUCACCUGCGGGGACGAGUACCCGAACAAGCCCCCACAGGUCCAAUUCCUGAGCAGAGUAAACCUGCCGUUCGUAAACCAGGUUGACGGCACCGUCGACCCACACAAGCUCCCCGUCCUCAGCCACUGGAACCGCAGCUGCAGCAUCGAGAGCAUCCUAGUUGAGAUACGGCGGGAAAUGGCUUCGCUCAACAACCGGAAGCUCCCUCAGCCGCCUGAGGGCUCUAUGUUCUGAACCCUGUAACUCUGUGUGAUCCAGCACGAAGAGCUGCUUAUGGACGCUUUCCAGAAUGUUGAGGCUGCUGUAUGUCGGUGCUGAUGAACUCGAACAAGUGUGCUGCUGUACAACAUAUAUCUCCUGCAAUUAGAUAUGACUCCAGAGACAUGAGAGGCCAGAAUCGAGAUAAUCAACGAUUCCUCCGAAUUGCA